UCCCCGGCACUCAGACCGGAAGUCUCGCUCCCCUCUUGGCUGAGGAAGCCUGCUGUUGUUGACACUUCGACAGGCAACAAUGGCAACCGAAGUGAGACAGGAGCUAGCACAGUUGAUGAAUUCAAGUGGAUCUCAUAAAGAUCUCGCUGCCAAAUAUCGACAGAUUUUGGACAAGGCCAUUCAGUUUACAGAUGCAGAUCAGCUGGAAUCCUUAAAGGCCUUUGUUGAAGCAAUGGUCAAUGAAAAUGUCAGUCUUGUCAUCUCGAGACAGCUGCUCACAGAUUUCUGCACACAUCUGCCCAACCUGCCUGACGCCACCGCCAAAGCAGUGUACCACUUCACCUUGGAAAAGAUUCAGCCGAGGGUCAUCUCUUUUGAAGAACAAGUUGCCUCAAUACGACAGCACUUAGCAACCAUUUAUGAAAAGGAGGGAGACUGGAGAAAUGCUGCCCAGGUUUUAGUUGGAAUUCCAUUGGAAACAGGACAGAAGCAGUACAAUGUUGACUAUAAGUUGGACACAUACCUGAAAAUUGCCCGUCUCUACUUAGAAGAUGAUGAUCCAGUGCAGGCAGAAGCCUACAUCAACAGAGCCUCAUUGCUUCAGAAUGAGUCCUCUAAUGAACAGCUGCAGAUACACUAUAAGGUAUGCUAUGCCAGAGUCCUGGACUUCAGGAGGAAGUUCAUUGAAGCUGCACAAAGAUACAACGAGCUGUCUUAUAAGUCAAUUGUCCAUGAGAGUGAACGUCUAGAGGCACUGAAACAUGCCCUGAACUGCACCAUACUGGCCUCUGCAGGCCAGCAGCGUUCCCGUAUGUUGGCCACUCUUUUUAAGGACGAGCGCUGUCAGCAGCUGGCAACCUACGGUAUUCUGGAGAAGAUGUACCUGGACCGUAUCAUCAGGGGAAACCAGCUGCAGGAGUUUGCCGCCAUGCUGAUGCCCCACCAGAAAGCCACCACAGCAGAUGGCUCCAGCAUCCUUGACAGAGCUGUUAUCGAACACAACCUACUGUCUGCAAGCAAACUCUACAACAACAUCACUUUUGAAGAACUAGGAGCUCUGUUGGAAAUCCCCCCAGCAAAGGCAGAGAAAAUAGCUUCACAGAUGAUCACUGAAGGACGCAUGAAUGGCUUCAUCGACCAGAUAGACGGCAUUGUACACUUUGAGACCCGUGAACCCCUUCCUACAUGGGACAAACAGAUCCAGUCACUGUGUUUCCAAGUCAACAACCUCUUAGAAAAGAUCCGACAGGCUGCUCCGGAGUGGGCUGCGCAGGCAAUGGAAACCCAGAUGACCCAGUAAACAUCCCCCCCCCCAAACAAAAUCCUCUAAACUGCUCCCUCAUCCUGUCCUGAUGUGUCGUCUUCCUGAUCAAAAUUGUCUCCGCUCCAGUCCCACUAAUGGAAACGGCAAAGAAGAGAAGUUUUUGCUACCACCGUCACUUUUUGCAGAGGAUAUUUUUGCUCACAGGGAAAAUUCAGCGUCUCUCAUUGUUUCAGAUCUGUGUCUCACACAGAUGUAGUGACAGGAGGGCCAUAAUGUAACAUGUAGGUGUGACUUCAUAUGAUUUACUUGGCAUGUUUAAAGUUCAGAUAUGGUUAUUCACAUAGUUGACAUGAAAAAUGCAAUGUUGUGUUCCAGCGCAUUCUAGUGUUUUUAACUUAACGUAAUUACACAGCAACUUCCGUCAAAUGGUUCUUGGUUUAUUCAUGUUAACCUUCUCUGUCCACAUUUAUGAGGUUUCAGCAAAGAGAAAUAAAUUCACAUGAAAGAAA